AUGAAUUUCCUCUCAGCCCAUAAAGAGCGUAUCGUUGUUUUAGGCUCAGGAUGGGCUGGAUAUGCCCUUGCGAAGAAAAUAUCGCCUUCAGCAGCAUCUCGUGUCCUCAUUUCUCCUCGGUCUCACUUCGUCUUCACUCCUCUCAUAGCCUCAACAGCCGUUGGCACUCUGGAGUUCCGUGCCGCUGUUGAGCCCUGUCGAAAACUUGACCUCACAGAGUUCCAUCAAGCCUGGGCUUCAGAUAUUGACUUUGCCAAUAAGAGCAUUACCGUCGAGGCCAACCAACGCGAUGGAGUCACAGCUCGUUCGGGCAAAGAUCUCAAAGGCCCCGAGUUCCAGAUUCCCUACGACAAGCUAGUUAUAGCUGUUGGUUGUUACAGCCAAACUUUUGGUGUUGAAGGUGUCAAGGAGCAUGCGUGCUUCGUUCGAGAUGCCACUGAUGCUCGAACCGUGCGUCUAAAGGUUUUGCAAAAGUUCGAACAGGCUUCUCUGCCUAGUACAAACACGCCUCAAAGAAAACAACUACUUCACUUUGCAGUUGUAGGUGGUGGUCCCACGGGUAUCGAGUUUGCAGCUGAGCUUCACGAUCUUAUACACGAGGAUCUGUCAAAGCUGUAUCCGGAACUGAUGCCUCAUGUUUCCAUCACCAUUUACGAUAUUGCACCCAAAGUUCUUCCCAUGUUUGACCAGAACCUUGCUGCAUACGCAACAAAUAUCUUCAAGCGAGAAGGCAUUCACAUCAAGACAGAGCAUCACCUGCAAGGCAUCCGUCGUCAAGGUGAUGUCCUUCUCAUGAGUAUAAAGGAGGAGCCUGAAGAAGUCGCAGCAGGUGUUGUGGUCUGGAGCACAGGGCUCAUGCAAAAUCCACUCGUUGGAAGGACAGUCGGCCGUGAAGUCGAGGGCUUGGGCAAGAUUGCAAAGAACGAAAAGACAGGUGGCUUUGCGGUUGAUUCUCAUCUUCGUGUGCAAGUAGAAAGCAAAGAUUCCAAUGGCAAGGAAAUCACAAAGCCUUUGCCUGACGUGUACGCCAUUGGAGACUGCGCAAACAUCGAAGGCCAGGCACUUCCUGCCACAGCCCAAGUGGCGAGUCAACAAGCAACAUAUCUCGGCAAACGAUUCAACUCUGGAAUAUCAUCUCAAGGUCCUCCGACUGCGCCCUUUCACUUCCGUAACUGGGGAACUAUGGCAUAUCUUGGAGGCUGGAGAGCGAUCCAUCAGAAUGGCCCAGACGAGCUCAAAGGUCGAGCGGCGUGGAUUCUUUGGCGAACGGCGUAUUUGACCAAAAUCCCUCAUAACAUUAUGACUUCGACAACCAAGCCAACUGUGAACUACAGUCUGUACCUGGUCACAGACUCAACACCAGAAAUUCUUGGUCACCGCAACCUCGAACAAGUUGUCGAGGAGUCUUUACGAGGCGGCGUCACGAUUCUGCAAUACAGAGACAAACACAGUGAACGAAGCGUCGCUGUAGAUACAGCCAAGAAACUACACUCCAUCGCUCGCCGCUACAAUGUUCCUCUCCUCAUCAAUGAUCGUGUUGAUGUCGCUGUUGAAGUAGGCUGUGAGGGCGUACACAUUGGACAAGAUGAUAUGGCAUAUGAGGAAGCAAGAAAGCUCCUGGGCCCAGGUAAAAUUAUUGGAGUGACCGCAAGCUCCAAGGAGGAAGCCCUCAAGGCUUGUGAAGCCGGUGCUAACUAUCUCGGUAUCGGAACUGUCUAUUCCACCCAGACCAAAAAAGACACAAAAUCCAUCAUUGGUCCCUCUGGUGUCCGCGAUAUACUCUCGGCUCUCCACAGCGCAGGUUACGGCUCUAUCCCUACCGUCUGCAUUGGUGGUAUCAACGCCACCAACACCGCCCCUGUUCUUGCCUCUGCUGGUUCUCCCUCCAAGGCUCUCGAUGGUGUCGCUGUAGUGAGCGCCCUCAUUGCUGCCCCUGACCCAGCCGCUUCUGCCCGUGAUCUCCUUAGCAAAGUUGUCAUCGCCAAGAUUCCAGAGGUUAUUCGCGCAGUGGCGGACAAGACGCCUCUCUCGCACAACAUGACAAAUCUAGUCGUUCAGAACUUCGCCGCUAAUGUAGCUCUUUGCGUCGGAGCAAGCCCCAUCAUGGCCAACUACGCCGAAGAGGCUGCAGAUCUAGCCAAACUUGGCGGUGCCCUCGUAGUCAACAUGGGGACAGUCACUCCGGAUGGCCUGAAGAACUACCUCCAAGCCAUCAAGGCAUACAACGAAGCUGACCGACCUAUAGUUCUUGAUCCCGUUGGUGCCGGUGCCACUGUCGUUCGUCGCAACGCCGUCAAAACUCUUCUUGAAGCUGGCCAUUUCACUAUCAUCAAGGGUAAUGAGGGCGAGAUCCAAACUAUCGCCGGUGCGACCAUCACCCAACGUGGAGUUGACUCCACAUCAUCCCUUAGUUUUGCCCAGAAAGCUUCUCUCGUGCGCUCCGUCGCCUUACACCGACGAAACGUCGUUAUCCUCACGGGCGCUAUCGACCUUAUAAGCGAUGGAACCCGCACUCUGGCAAUUAGCAACGGGCAUCCUUAUCUUGGUGAAGUCACAGGUACUGGGUGCACUCUGGGCACCACAGUCAGCGCUAUGGUUGCUGCAUAUGGCGCCGAUCCUCUUCUUGCCGCCGUGGCAGGAACCGUCAUGUUUGGACUGGCUGCCGAACUUGCUUCCAAGAGACCUGAGGUUCGUGGACCGGGGACUUUCGUACCGGCCUUCCUCGAUGAGUUGUACGCCAUUAGGAAGUCAACUGCCAACAGUGACUUAAUGUGGCUGAGCAUGGCUCAAGUCAAGGCAGUUGAGGUGAACGUCGAUGAUACUGCAACUAAGUAG